AAACAAUUCCGGCUUAGCUCAAACCGUAACAAUUUCAGUUCGAUUCGGUUCGGUUCAGUUCUUCCAAACCGGCUUCAUUUCCACCACACAUUUUUCUUUGCAUGUUUUUUUUCCUUCAUCACUCACACAACCAAACUCAUCAUUCACUACUCCACAUCCUCCUCCAUCUUCAUCUUCAUCUUCAUCUUCAUCUUCAAACUCACUCACACAUAUCAAUGGCCAAAGAGACCAACAAUGAAAACACAAAUACACAACCACAACAACCACCAUGGCAAGAGCUUCUUGGUUCUAAAAAAUGGCAAGGUCUACUAAACCCAUUAAACAACUCACUCCUCAACUUGAUCCUCCACUGCGGUGAUCUCACUCAAGCCACUUACGACACCUUCAUCUCCGACGACCACUCUCCCUACUGCGGCGCCAGCCGCUACAACACUUCCGACCUUCUCAACCGUGUCUUCUUCCCUUCUUUUUUCAACUACACCAUCCCAUCAUUUCUCUACGCCACUUCCCAAAUCUCUCUUCCUUCAUCCUUCCUCCUUUUCUCUCUUUCCAGGGAGUCUUGGUCCAAAGAGUCUAACUGGAUGGGUUUCAUUGCCGUAUCUUCUGAUUCUUAUGCUUUGUCCACAGGCCGCCGUGAAAUCUACGUCGCUUUCCGUGGCACCAUCCGUGACCUUGAAUGGCUUGAUGUUGUCCAACCUCUUCUCACCUCCGUUCGUCCUCUUCUCUCCACCUCUGCUGCUCAAGAUGAUGAUGAUGAUCCUAAGAUUAUGAAAGGUUGGUACACAAUCUAUACAUCCAGUGACCCAAAGUCACCAUUCUCCAAAGCCAGUGCUCGUUGCCAGCUAUUGUCAAAGAUCAAGCAACUGGUGCAACUCUACAAAGAUGAAGCUCUCAGCAUUGUCUGUGUUGGCCACAGCUUAGGAGCAAGCUUAGCCAUUCUCAGUGCAUUUGACAUUGUAGAAAACGGGUUGUCGAAGAUCGAAAACACGUCGGAGAACUUCCCGGUGUGCGCCGUGGUGUUCGGAAGCCCGCAGAUCGGAAACAAGGCGUUCAAUGACCGGCUGGAGAAGCUUCCCAUGCUGAACGUUCUGCAUGUCAAGAAUAAGAUAGAUAUGGUGCCAAUUUAUCCAAGUAGAGUUUUGGGGUAUGUUUAUAGUGGAGUAGAGUUGGUGGUGGAUGCAAGGAAGUCACCAUUUUUGAAGGAUUCUAAGAACCCAAGUGAUUGGCAUAACUUGCAGGGGAUAUUGCAUGCAGUGGCAGGGUGGAAUGGGGAGGAUGGGGAGUUUGAGAUGAAGGUGAAGAGGAGUGUUGGACUUGUUAAUAAGUCUUCAGAGUAUUUGAAGGAUGAGUGUUUGAUUCCAGGGUCAUGGUGGGUGGAGAAGAAUAAAGGGGUGGUGCUUGGAGAGGAUGGAGAGUGGAAGGUUGAACCACUGUCUGAGGAUGAUGUGCCUGUGCCACCUUCGGUUGAGGAUAUUGAUUUGAGUUUUAAUACUCCGGAGAUUGAGUCUGGUGAAAUUAUGGUGGCAAAGGUGAUGAAGAAGAAGAAGCAAAAGAAGAAUAGAUGUGGUGCUGGGUUGCCAUUGUGUUGUUCUUUCAUACCUUGUUUGGGAAGUGAGGAGUGAUUUGUUGAAAUUAAUAAUUUUUUUUAAAAAAUAAACAAUGAAAUAAUCUGUGAAGGAUUGAGAGC